AGAUGGCGGCGGAGGCGGCGGAGCGGCAGCUGCGGCUGCUGCGGGAGGAGCGGGAGGCAGAGCUCGCCCAGAGCAGGACCUGGCAGCAGAGUGUGUCCCUGCGGGAGCUGCAGCACCGUGGGCUCUGUCUGCUCCAUCUCCGUGCUGCUGCCCACAGGACAGGGCUCUACGGCCGCCUGCUCGUCACCUUCCAGCCCAGGAAACACCCCCCAGACACAGAGCUGCCCUACAACAGCUUCGGGCCUGGGGACAUCGUGGGCCUUUACGACUCUGCUGGCCAGGGGGACCCUCUCUCCAGUGGUGUCAUUACAGGUGUCACCCCCAGAGCUGUGACUGUGGCCUUUGAGGAGUCCCAGGAGGGCCUUCCCAGCCUGGACCCUGAGGGCUCUUACCGCCUCCUGAAGUUGGCCAACGAUGUCACCUACAACAGGAUGAGGAAAGCUUUGCACACACUCCAUGGGUACCGUGCUGGCCCAGCUGCCAGGCUCAUUGAUGUCCUCUUCUUCAAUUCUGCUCCCAGCCCAGCCAGUGACACAAAGCCUCUGAAGCUGUACAACACCUCCCUGGAUGUGUCCCAGCAGGAGGCUGUCUCCUUCUGCCUGGCCCAGAGAGAGCUUGCCAUAGUCCAUGGACCCCCUGGCACUGGGAAGACCACGACCCUGGUGGAGAUCAUCCUGCAAGCUGUGCAGCAAGGCCUCAAAGUCCUGUGCUGUGCCCCUUCUAACGUGGCAGUGGAUAACCUGGUGGAGAGGCUGGCAGCCCACAGCACCCACAGCACCCGCAUCCUGCGGCUGGGCCACCCCGCCCGCCUGCUGGAGCCCAUCCAGCAGCACUCCCUGGAUGCCAUCCUGGCCCGUGGGGACAAUGCCCAGAUAGUGGCAGAUAUCAGGAAGGACAUUGACCAGGCCUUUGCAAAAAGCAAAAAGGCUCAAGACAAGGGGGAGCGGAGCCAUUUUCUCAGUGAGAUCAAGGCACUGAGGAAGGAGCUGAAGGAACGGGAAGAAACUGCCAUGGCUGCAGCCCUGACCCAUGCCAGUGUCAUCCUGGCUACCAACACAGGUGCCUCCUCUGAUGGGCCACUGAAGCUUCUUCCAGAAAAUCACUUUGAUCUGGUGGUGAUAGAUGAGUGUGCUCAGGCCCUGGAAGCCAGCUGCUGGAUCCCUCUGCUGAAGGCUCCAAGGUGUAUCCUGGCUGGGGACCACAAGCAGCUGCCCCCCACCAUCAUCUCCCACAAGGCAGCUGCUGAGGGGCUCUCCCUGAGCCUGAUGGAGCGUCUCCUGCAGAGGUACGGGGAGCAGGUGGUGAGGAUGCUGAGGGUGCAGUACCGCAUGCACCAGGACAUCAUGCACUGGGCUUCCACCGAGCUCUACGGCGGCCGCCUCACCGCUCACCCCUCCGUGGCACAGCAUUUGCUCAAGGACCUGCCAGGUGUCACCUCUACAGAAGAGACCACAAUUCCCUUGCUGCUUAUAGACACUGCUGGCUGUGGCCUCUUUGAGCUGGAGGUGGAAGAUGAGCAGUCUAAAGGGAAUCCAGGGGAGGUCCAGCUGGCUGGUUUGCACAUCCAGGCCCUGGUGGAAGCUGGUGUGAAGGCACGAGACAUUGCUGUUGUGGCCCCCUACAACCUCCAGGUGGACAUGCUGAGAGAGCACCUUUGCCACAGGUACCCAGAGCUAGAAAUCAAAUCAGUUGAUGGUUUCCAAGGAAGAGAGAAAGAGGCAGUGAUCCUCUCCUUUGUGAGAUCCAACAGGAAAGGUGAGGUGGGCUUCCUCGCCGAGGACCGUCGUGUCAACGUGGCGGUGACCCGCGCACGGCGGCACGUGGCCAUCGUCUGUGACAGCCACACAGUGAGCACCCAGCCCUUCCUCCAGCGCCUGCUGGGACACUUCAGCCAGCACGGGGAGGUGCGGACUGCCUUCCAGUACCUCGACAACCUUGUCCCCCAAAACUACCCCACGGGGGGACGGGGCGAGCGGGGAAAAAGUGGAGCAAAGCGCCCCAAAACACCCCCGGGGAAGAAACCCAACACGGGAGCACCCAAAGCUGGGUGCCAGGGGAAGGAAAAGGCACCCACCUCCCCAGAGACAGGAGGAACAGGAGGACAGAGUGUGGGGACAAGAGGGGAUCAGCUGUCCCCAGAGACAGGAGGAGCAGGGGGACAGAGCACGGGGGUGACAGAUGUUGCUGAGAGACUGAAGGCCACGCUGGAGGCCUUCCUGGAGAGCAGGGAGACACAGAUGGAUUUCCCCCCCUCCCUCAGUUCCCAUGCUCGGAUGUUGGUUCACCUCCUGGCAGAGGAGCGGGGGCUGCAGCACCUCAGCACGGGGCAGGGCAGGGCCCGGUUCAUCAGCGUGCGCAAGAAAGGGUCUGUAGAGCCCCCCCGGGCUGCUGCCCCCAGCCCCUGCCAGGGGCUGCCCCUUGCUCCUCAGCCACAGCCUCCCUGCAGGGACACUCCUGGUCCUGCUGAGCCAGAGGGAAGCAGCUCCGGGAAGGUGGAUCUGAAGAGCCUGCACCUGGAGAGGGUCCGUCGGGAGGAGGCAGCCAGGAAGGCUCGGGAGCCCGGAGCUGCCGGCCAGGGCAGCAGCAGCAGGAGAAAAGAGAAAGGGAAGCCAUCAGCCACCAGUGGAGCAGAGGAAGAUUUCGAUGCUCUGAUUGCUGCUGCUGUGAAAGCUGACACCACCUGUGGCUUCCCCCGCUGCCAGGCCAGCGUCACCACCCUGGGACAGCUCUGUCCCCACUGCAAGAGGAGCUACUGCCUCAGCCACCACAUCCCCGAGGUUCAUGGCUGUGGGGAGAAGGCCAAGGCCCAGGCCCGGCAGAGGAUCAGCAGGGAAGGGGUUCUCUACCCUGGGAGUGGCUCCAAAGACAAAUCCCUGGAUCCUGCCAGGAGAGCUCACCUCCAGCGGCGCCUGGACAAGAAACUCAGUGAGCUGACCAGCCAGAGGAAGAGCAAAAAGAAGGAGAAGGAGAAGUGAAGGAGCCCAGGGGUUCUUUCCUAACUUCAAAGGCAUGGGUCAGACAUGAGAAUCCAAAGAUGCUCCAGGGGCUGUGCUGAGCCCCAGAGGAGAAGGGGACACACACACACACAUACACCCCUUUUUUGGGUGGUAGAGAGCUUGGAGCCAAGGCAGAGGUAGGAGAGCAGCUCUGUCCCUGUCACCUAUUGACAGAGAGAUGGAUGGAUGUACACAGGGAGGCUGGGGAAUGCCAGGAAAACGGGUAUUAAA